UCGUUGUUACGCUACUAUGGCUGUUCUGUCUGCAUGGUCUUGGCGGCAAUCAUUACCUUUAUUGUGUGGAUCUAUUACUUAGCCAUCUCUCUUGACUACAUCAUCAACUAUUAUGGUCGUGACCUGGAUUCUGGGUGUUAUAUCAUUUUGGCGAUUAUAGUGUUGUUCGCUGUCUUCGGCUUCCUUUGCUGGCGCAAAGCUGAGAGCGUGAAAGCGAAGCAAGUCCUCCAGUUCAUGCACAAGGACGACCCCGAGGGAAGGCGAUCCUCGGAGGAUCGACACUUGGAGGAAUUUGUGAUGCGUCAUGAAAGGAGAGCUGCAUCACCCAGCCAGCCCCUGAUUCACACAGGCCCCUCUCCCGGAAUCCCGGAUGAACGCCCUUUAUCAUGAAGAGAUGGAUUCUCUUGAACACUUACAGAUAAUGAGAGGAUAGCUUGACAGGAAGUCCAUCAUCUCGGGAUCUCCCGCGAAGAAGAAAAACAGCCACUCUAAUAGAUCGUCUUAUAGUGAGCCGAGGUCUUUUCAAUAUUUAGAAGGUCUUGCAUCUGGAGAAAGCACCUAAACAUGAGAAUGCUUCGUCAUACCAAUCGUCUACCAGGUCUUUUUAACUAUUUAAAACAAGACUAUUCUGGAAAUUAUUCUCUUGCAUCUUAAUUUCAAUAUUUGCAGGACCUUGCGUCUGGUGAAGCACCUAAACUAUUAAGAACAAGAUUACUCUAGGAAUUAUUCUCUGGCACCAUAACUCCCACCUACUUCUUCCAUCAAAGGACAGUAAUGAUUUUGGUUACUUUUAAGAACAGUCCUUCCUCCACACUGUUUAGUGACAGGCUAUUGUAAUCAUAAACAACAACAGCAGCAUUCCCACUAAUGAAAAUCUAUGGCGUUUACAGGUAUUGAUAGUUAAUAUUUGCGUUUCAUAUAUUAUAUAUUUAAUGUCAGUUUCAUUUUAGGAAUAUCUGUAGAAAAUUUCUUAUUUUAGAGACUGUAAUGCUUACUAGGAUGAAACCACGAGUAUGAAUGAGUGGGUCAUCUUUUAAACCGGUGUAACAUUAUAAAUAUGCCAUUAUCCUGUCCCUUAAAAGACUUGCAGUGGACGUAAAUGAGUCUGAAUAACCUUUUAUGAGGACGGUUGAUCAUUGUUCUUGAAGAUUUAAAAAAAUAAAAAAAAAGUUGAAUUAUUCACAAGGAUGAUUAUUUUCUGAAAAACAAAUAAUUAUGGGAACGGAAUGAAAGGAAUGUUUUGAAAAUAGAUUCUUUGAUAAAUAUAUUACACUACAUGGGCUCUUAUUGAGACAGGAAUAUGCGAGAGAAGGUAGACAGGAUUUUGUGAGCUCUCUCAAAUAUUUUAAAGGAAUGAGUGUUCCGUUAUAUGAUACAUAAACUUCAUGGUCUUUAAUCCCAAUUUCCCUUCAGGUCACACCAGGUUUUGGAUGAAUGUUAGCACAUGUGUUGUGCCUGUCUUUAUUAUCCUAAUUUAAUAUCGUUAUGCAUAAGGCCGCGUCUAUUAUUGUAUGAAAUUAAUUUUGCACUCGACGUUUUUAUAUUCUUGAAAAAUCAAGUGAUCAAGUGAAGCAUAAAACAGUCUAUUCUUAAAGUCAUAUUUUUGAGUAUAAUGUUCCUAGUUUACCAGCGGCUGCUGACUACUUCAUGUUUGUCAAUAAAGGUAUUUUUAGGAUUUUUCCUUCUUUUAAUAUAUAAUUAAAAAAAAUUGGCAGUUGUUACAAUUUUACAUUUCACCCGUUUGUAAGGAUUAAUGUUUUUUUUUUAAUUUUGUGUAAAAGAAAACUAUUGAGAUAGAUUUUGUCUGUCCGUCCACCAUCACAUCUUAAAAUCUAUUGAAGCUAGAGGCCUUGCAAGUUGGCAUGUUGAUCUUCCACCCCACAAUCAUCAAACAUACCA